AUGGUCUUCUGUCGUUUGUUCCUGGUCUGCUGCGCACUGUGGGUCGGCAUUGCCGCUUCAUCACUGGACUUUCCUGACCUAAGCAGCUACAGUCUACCAUGUGAACCAUUCUCGUGUCGUCCGAAACGAGCUCCCGCUCCAGUCAAAGACUUUGAGUUUACGUCCAAUGGCUGUGGUACAUCUGGUAUGUCCAUUAGUGCGAGUAAAGACUUUCAAGAGUGCUGUGAUUGGCACGAUGCGUGUUAUAGUGUUUGCGGGAUGCCAAAAGCCACCUGUGAAAAACGACUUCAAAAAUGUAUGAAGGCUAAAUGCAGAGAGCUCCGGAGUUACAAGAAACGUGAAGAGUGCGUCUCUACCGCCAAAAUCUUUUACAUUGGUGCGAAUAUGGUUGGGUGUCCGGCAUACGAAGAUGCACAGAAAGAAGCAUGUGAAUGUGUGCCAACUGAUCAUGCAGCUUUUGCUACUCGUGAGCGUGUGAAGUAUUUUCUUAAAAAGAAUGGUGCUCCGGAAGCUGAUGUUGAAGAAGAAGCUAUUGAUGCAUUACUGGAAAAGUACAAGGAAGAUGAACCGACAAUGUUUCUACGACUGUUGAAAAAGUAUCCAAAGGCUCUUAAGACGGACUUGACCAAGACUAAUUUUAUGGACGAUAUUGUCAAUAGUGUGGACACGGACCUCAAGAAGAAAAAGAAAAAGGGAAUUCAGAUUGAAAAGGAGGUGCCUGUGGACGAACACGAAGAGCUCUGA